GCAAAAAUUUCCAGUAGGCAACCUUUUUCGAGUCUCGAGAAUGGCAAUACUCGUUUUUUGUUUUCCUCUAUUUUACUGUCAUUCGAGAUUGUCGGCAUUUUCAUUUCAUACCAUUCGUAAAUAUUAUUAAACAUAACCUCACAAAUAUACAAUAAACAGAAUAGAGUGUAGACAACGUUGUAAGUGGAAUUGACUUAUUCUAUAAAAAUUAAAAAGUGUUUCAAAAAGUUUUUAAGAAUAACACGCAAAAAUGAAGGAGACACCGCUUUCCACAGUUGAACGUAAUUUCAUUACACAAGCAGUCAAACAAAACUUGCGGCUUGAUGGUCGGAAAAAUGACGAAUUUCGUAAUGUAACUAUCAAUUUCGGUGCCGACUGGGGCAGCGCAUUGGUAUCGCUUGGUGAAACAAAAGUGCUCGCACAAGUAUCUUGUGAACUAGGAGUACCCAAGUCUACGCGACCUAACGAGGGUAUGAUAUACAUUAAUGUAGAACUAGGACAAAUGGCAGCGCCACAUUUCGAAUCUGGUCGUAACUCAGAACUAAAUGUACAAAUUAGUCGCACACUGGAGCGGACUUUUAAGGAUUCACGCUGUGUUGAUUUGGAAUCGCUUUGUGUCACAACCGAGGAGCGUGUGUGGGUGCUGCGUAUUGACUUGAAUGUGCUCAACCAUGAAGGCAACUUAAUUGACUGUUGUUCAGUGGCCGCGCUCAGUGCCUUGAUGCACUUCAAGCGUCCAGAUGUAAGCAUCAUUGACAACGACGUACACAUACAUUCCGCAGCAGAAAAGGAACCAAUACCUAUGGUAUUACAUCACUAUCCAGUCUGUGUCAGUUAUUGCCUAUUCGAUGAUGGUCGUUUGGCUGUCGCUGACCCCAGCGUAUCUGAAGAACGCACAGCCGAAUCAGCGAUGGUCUUUGGCUUGAAUUCCUUCCGUGAAUUGUGUUGUUUGAAUUUAGGUGGCACAACUCUGACGAGCUCCACACUCUUACUGCAAUGUGCCACGCGUGCAGCACGUCGUGCUAAAUUUGUUGUAGACUACGUAAAAGAAACGCUGGAGUUGGAUGUGAUGGCACGAGAGGAUAAUAAAAACUCAGGUUUCACAGAAUGUGUGCGGCUCAAUAAAAUAACCGCAUUAGCGGAGAAUCGCUUGGCGUUGCGUUUGCGCAAUUUCAAAUUCCAAGAAACUCUUGAGGUAAAAGAAGAAAAUGCUAUGGAAACAAGCGGUGACGAGGAUGGUGAUAGUGACGAAGAUGGCCCGAAAAAGCAGAAAAUCGUUUCCAUUGAUGCCAAGUCUGCAGUACUGGAAUCCAACCAGUCCAACAUCAAAUGGGUACCCGAGGAUGAUGGCGCUGACAGCAAUGUCGAAAGUAUGAGCUCGGAAAACGUCACCGAGGAAGGUGAAGAAAGUGAGCGCAGUCUAUCACAGCAAGUAGAAAAAGAAAUGUGGAAGAAUGCCAAGAAGGAGUCCAAGCGUUCGUUGAGUAAAAAGCACCUGCAACAAGAUGUUGACAGCGAUUCGGAGGAAGAGACGAAAGUCAUAUUGUAAACGUGAUUCACAUUCGAAUCAUAAAAUUAAAUUUACACGCUGUAUUUUAGUCCCUCGAUAUGUAUAUUCAUGUUAAUAAAUGCGGCUUAACAGA